CCUCUGGGAAGAUGAACUGCAGCAGGUACCCAGUGGAUGUGAAGGCUGUAGGCGUGAUGCAAUGCCAAAAGCAGAAGAACUACAUGAUGUUUGUGUCCUGGUCAGACAGAAACAACAUUCUCAUCUACCGGACAGUUGAAGAAUUUAAGAGAUUCCAUAAAGACCUGAAGAGAAAAUUCCCCAUUGAGAGUGGUUCGCUGAGGAGAUCUGACCGGACUAUACCCAAGUUUAAAGACGCAAGUGUGAAGCAGAGAAAGAGCGGGAAGUUGAACAGGUCCUUGGAGAGAUUAAAACUGCUGGAAACUUACUCCCAGGAGCUGCUGAAAAUGGAUGCUAAGAUCUCCCAGAGUGAAAGUGUGGUUCAGUUUUUCAAGGCACAAACCCAAGAUCUAGAUCCUUCCUUUCCUGAAAACAGUGUUGUGAUCAUGCCAUCAGAAAUUGGAGGAGAAAGGAAAAAACAGCCACAGCAACCUCUCUCCUCUAUUACGCACCCACAGGCAUCUCAGAGCUACAGAUGCAUUGAAACCUUUGAAACCAAAGACACAAAAAACAAGACUUUCAAAGUUGCUAAGAAGGAAAUUGUUGAAGUGCUAAUCAAGGACAUGACCGGGUGGUGGCUAGUGGAAAAUGCAGACAAGCAGAUAGCCUGGUUCCCAGCCCCGUACCUGGAAGAGAUUGACACCCACAAGGACAUCCAGAAUGCCUUGAGCUCGAAGAAAGAGGGCAGCUUGUAUUUUGCUGUGCGAGCCUAUGAAUCUCAGAAGGCAGACGAGCUCUCUCUGAACAACGGGGUCAUCGUGGAGGUGGUUAGGAAAUCUGACGAUGGCUGGUGGCUGACCCGGUACAAUGGACGUACUGGCUACAUCCCCUCCAUUUGCCUCCAGCCCUACAAGAAUCCUCACAGCAGGCUCCAGACCAUUGUGAGCUGCGGGCUCAACGCCUCCACCCCUAACCUCUCCUCCUCCGUGGGGGCUCUUCAGGCCCUGGAUGAGGCGGCAGGAGAGAGUGUGGUUCAGACUUGCCCUCCCCUUGGCCAGACUGAAGAAGGAACUUCUUUGAGAAGCAGAUCAAGAUCUCUGCCCAGGGCCAGUUCCACUCCAGAUUUGGAGACCGAUAGCUCAUCUCUCAGCUCGGGGAGCGGGAGCGAGCGGGACGGCAGGCCGGACUGGAAGCCUGACUUAUCAAGGUCUCUGCCUGAAGUUGAGCAGGCCAGGAGCUCUUCCCUGGGGAAGGCCUUGGCCACACACAGCAGCAAAUCCCCACACCUCACCCACAAAGACAGGAAUGAUUCCGGCUUUGUGGAGUCAUCUGCAGUUGAUUUAAGUUACUCCCUCGCUGACUCAGACUUGGCUGCCUGCGUCCCCAAGGUGCCUGUGCGUCCCUCAGCCCAUGAGAUUCUUCAGAAGUGCAGCACCGUCACGAAGCGAGCCAUGCAGCAGUCAGCCUCCCGGCCAGCCCUCCUGGCUCUGCACACUCUCCAGAGCACGCAGUAGCGUGCCUGUGCCUCGGAGAGGUACAGCUGCUGCCCAGGCCAGCACCACGGCUGAAACAAAAUGCCAGGCACCCUCCUCGCCGCAGCUGCAGGCAGCUGGCACGAGGAGGGUCAGUGCUGGGGACUGUCGCUUUUUAAGGACAUAGUGUUUAACUCCUGACGGAACAGACUACGUUUGUGAACGUUACUCAACAGGAGUAACGCUUACAGGUUACGCUUAAUCGUUCUGCAGCUUGCAGGGGAAGGCCGAGGAGUGUGGAAGGGCUCUUAUGCCUGUGAGUGGUCUGGAUCUGCUGAAUGGAUGUCAGAACACAAAAUACCUAGUGGCUAGAAACUUCAUCUUUGACCUUUCCCUAUAGAGAUGUCUGUGCAGGCACAGAAGAAAACACAGUUACAGUAUAGUUUGUUUCCUUACUGGGUAAGUUGCCUGGGGCCAGAGCUCCUGUUAAUGAGUAAAACAUCCCCCUUUCAAGGGGGUUCUGACAUUUGCUAAAAUUUUCAGUAAUUCCUACUACUAAACUCAUUUGCUAAAACUGAAUUAGAAAAAUAAAAAAAAAUUAAGACUUCUAUAUAGAUUGCUACUUCUGAUUUUAGUUAAUCUUCUAGGUAUCUGUUAAUUUUUCUGAAACAAACAUUUUAACCAAUGUGCAAGGUUUUUUGUAUUGUUCUAGAUUAUAUACAUUUCUGUCUCGGAAAUAAACGAAAACAC